ACAACCUCACACAGCACCCAAUAAAAGAGAUCCAACUAUGUCCCCAAAAGCCUUCAUUAUCACUGGCGCCUCGCGCGGCAUUGGCCUCGCCAUCGCCAAGUACCUCCUCAGCAGUCCGCAAACCCACAAACUGGUCGUCAUCGCACGGAGCGUUGGCCCACUCCAAGCUCUAAAAGAUCAGUAUCCCAGCCAAGUCGAGGUCCUGAGCGGAGAUCUCGCCGAUCUCUCGCUCGGCCGGAAGGCCGUCGAUCUGGCUCUGAAGUCCUUCGGACAGCUGGACGGACUUGUGCUGAAUCACGGAACUCUGGGGCAAGUGGCGAGUAUGGCUGAGGCGGACCCCGAGCAAUGGAAGCAGGGGUUCGACGUGAAUUAUUUUAGCUGUGUUGCUUUCGUACAAGCAUCCCUCCCCGUCCUCCGCGCCUCUCAAGGCCGGAUCAUCUUCACCUCAUCCGCGGCUUCCGUGUCGGCCUUCAAGGGAUGGGGCUUGUACGGCGCCACCAAGGCGGCCAUGAACCAUCUAGCACUGACACUGGGGGAGGAAGAGCCUGAGGUGGUCUCUGUGUCGGUGGAUCCGGGGAUCGUGGAUACUGAGAUGCAGCGGAGCAUCCGGGAGGAUCUCGCGACGAAGAUGGAUCGACAGUUCCAUUCGUUCUUUACCACCGUCCACAAGGAUGGAGGGCUGCUGAGACCCGAGCAGCCGGGGCAUGUUGUUGCGCGGUUGGUGGUUGAUGCGCCUCAGGAGUUGUCGGGGAAGUAUCUUUCAUGGAAUGAUGAGGCUCUUGCGGCUUUUCAGUAGCUCUCCUUGGCGUUCGUUUCAUAGAGAUAAGGGAUGAAGCUAGAGAUAGAGAUAAAAUAGAG